AUGUCGUUCCCUUUGCAAAAGUCAGAUGAUGAGUGGAGAGCGCAACUGAGCAAAGAUCAAUUCCGGGUCUUGCGUGAAAAAGGAACCGAGGCACCAUUCACUGGUGAAUACAACUCACACCAACCGGACGCAGGUGUUUACGCCUGCGCUGGUUGCUCUGCACCGUUGUACGAGGCACAUCACAAAUUCAAAUCAGGUUGCGGUUGGCCUGCCUUCUUCGAUGCUGUGCCAGGCGCAAUCACGAGGCACACUGACCGGACUUUUGGUAUGGAGCGCACCGAAAUUGUUUGCAGCAAUUGCGGUGGCCACUUGGGACAUGUCUUCAAGGGCGAGGGUUACAAUAACCCCACAGACGAGCGCCAUUGCGUGAACUCCAUCAGCAUCAACUUCAACAAGAAUGACCCAGUCGCUGAGAAGUCAAAGGCGUGA